GACUUUGGGAGGAGCCGGUCAAAGUUCAGAGUCCAAAGUCAACAAACGGCUUCAGUCUUUAAGAUGAAGGACUAUAUUAGCAGCUGCUCUUAUAACCAACUGUAUCAAAAUGUCAAACAAGUGUCAAAGGACGGCGAGUAUUUCUGCAAAGAACUUAUGAACAUUAUGCAGCAAAGGUCCGAACUCGACCACACCUAUGCGAAGGGGCUCCAGAAAUUGGCUGGUAAACUUAUAAGGGCUUCCAAAGGAAUGACCGACAACUCUGUUUACGGUGCCUGGUGUCAAGUGUCGGAUGAGAUGUAUUCCCGAGCAGAUGCCCACAGAUCAUUGGCGAAUGCGUUUCAACAGGAGGCCAUUUUGGAAUUACGUCAACUUUUAGAUGAGCAUAACAAGAGAAAGAGGCCUCUCGACAACGCCAUUGAGAGAACGGGCAAGCUCGUUACGGUGAACUGGGCUGAGCAAAUCAAGACCAAGAAGAAACUGGUCGGAUUAACACGGGAGCACGAAGCCUUAUUCAACUUUGUGGAGAGUAAUAAGCAUUUGUCUACAGAGAAAGAAAAACAAAAGAUGCUAAACCGGCUGACAAAGUCGGCGGAGGUAACGACGCGAGUGGAUGAGGAGUACUUCAAUGCCAACAUGGAGGGCCAACAGAUGAGACUCAAGUGGGAAAAUACACUUAAAAACUGCUACCAGGUCGUUCAGGAGCUAGAGAAACAACGGAUUGAAGUUCUUUGCAACAUUCUGACCCAGUACAAGCUGCACAUGUCCAGUUUUGGGCAGACCCUCAAACAUGGCCAAAAGCAGAUCGAGUUACUGGUCCAAAGAGUGGACAUGGAUAAAGAUAUCCAAAAACUGGUGGAGGAGAACAACGUCACAACGGACAAUAAAGCAGAAUUUUUGAUGACCGAUUAUUUUGAGGAAGACGUCAAAUCACUCAUGUGCAGAGACCGAAGAAGAGAAGCCAUUAAACUCAAACUUUGUCGCUUGGAGGACGCAAUCUUAAAAGCAAAGAAAGACUGCGAAGGGAUCCAAAAGCUGAUGAAAAUCUACUCGGAAAACCCUUCCUUCUCAAACCAGAGGAACCUGGAGGAGACCGAGCAGCAGCUUGAUGAGAACACUUUGAAGUUGGAUCUCCUCGAGGCCACGCACUACAAACUGUCUGCGUCGUUGUGUGACCUCGAGGGGAAGCCCAGGUCCUCCCACCGAUUUAAGGACAGCAUUGUCAAGUGGAAAGAUAAGGACUGCGAGCACAGUGUGGUGCAGCUGAUUCGGCCGGUGAAACUCAGGAGAACCUUCAGAACCAGACACUCCCUGAGAGCAUCCAUCAUCUACAAAGGACCCGUUCGGACUACAAAAUCUCCGACUGAGGAGUCGGCGUGCGGUGGCACGGCACCCUUACAGGAACCAGAGGACCGUGUUCAAAGUCCAACACUUGCGCAAGAGCCUAAUGAACACGUUCAGAGAACGCCCGACGUUUGCACCGUGGGACAAUGCAAGGCUUUGUACAGCUUCGCGCCUCAACGAAGCGAUGAAUUACCUCUGAAAGAAGGGGACCUACUCGACGUUUACACAAAGGACGAGAAUGGCUGGUGGUUUGGAGCGCUCAAUGGCCAAACGGGUCAUUUUCCCUCAACGUAUGUCGAGGAGCUGCCUGUGCUGAGUAGCAUCAAAUCAUCUGAAGCCUGACUGCCUCUGGGACUUUCAAAUGGGAUCGACAGAAUAGUUUAAUUUUUUUUGGAGGGGUAAUAUUGUCUUAAAUUUGCUAAGAAAAAUCAAUUACGUUGGUGUAAAGAUGACCAAUCUUGCGCAAUCUUGAAAUAACUUCUGCUAUGAUUACAUCAGAAUAAAAGUGAAGCAAACAAAA